AUGGACUAUAGCGCAUGCGCCAAUCCCAAGCUCCUGCCUAAGCCCCGCCCCGACUACCAACGAAAGCCCUGGGGAAGUCCCGCGUACAUACCCUCCACGACGAUCCGCUAUCACAUCUGCAACGUCCUGCGGGACGUUAUAGCAGGGCCUGGAGGCUCCAGGUAUAUGGUCAUCACUGGAAGUGUACCUCCCAAGCCUGGCAUAACUCCUCCCAGCUUCUCAGCGCUCCUUCGCCGCGCCCAGCGCUUCGUGAACUACGUCGCCGUCACCUGCCACGCCGCCCAUACGGGGCGCUUCGACGACGCGCUCGAGCUCGAGUUUCACGACCUGCGCAAGCGCAAGCGUCUCCCUCUCCUGCGGCGCGCCGCGUGCUCGCGGUCGUCGCGCCCGCCGCGACUACGCCUUCGCAUCCACCGCGCGCGGCCCGUUCCACCUUCCGCUCUUCGCUCCGCACGAGCUCACCACGCACGCGGUCCCCACCCGCCGCCCACCGACGUGGAGCAAUGA